AUGGGAAAGGACUAUUAUUCCAUCCUGGGCGUGCCCAAGGGGACGUCAGAUGAAGCCACCCUCAAGAAGGCCUACCGCAAGGCCGCGAUGCAGUGGCACCCAGACAAGAACCCCGACAACCGGGAGGUGGCGGAGAAGAGGUUCAAGGAGGUGUCUGAGGCGUAUGAGGUGCUGUCAGACCCAGACAAGCGGCAGGCGUACGACCAGUUUGGGGAGGAGGGGCUCAAGGGCGGCAUGGGCGGCAUGGGCGGCGGCAUGGGCGGCGGCUUCCACCCGCGGGACGCAAACGACUUGUUUGCCGAGCUCUUCAGGAACCUGGGCAGCAAUGCCGGCAGCUUCCGCAGCAGCAGCUUUGGCGGCCGCGGCUCCGACGGCUUCGCAGACCUCUUUGGCGGCGGCAUGGGCGGCGGGAUGGGCGGCGGGAUGCCCUUUGGCGGGAUGCCAGGCAUGGGCAGCGGCGGCAUGGGCGGCAUGGGAGGCAUGCCCUUUGGCGGCAGCAACGGCUUCUCAGGCAUGAACGGGCACGGCUGCGCAGGGCAGCGGCGCCCCAAGAAGGACGCCCCCCACGAGAUGGAGCUGCAGUGCACGCUGGAGGAGCUGUACAAGGGCACUACGAGGCGCAUGAAGAUCAGCCACAAGCGGCUGGAUGCCAGCGGGGCGCAGCGGCAGGAGCAGGAGAUCCUGGAGAUCAAUGUGCGGCCCGGCUGGAAGGCGGGGACCAAGAUCACCUUCCAGGAGAAGGGUGACGAGAACCCGGGGCGCAUCGCAUCCGACAUAGUGUUUGUGCUGCAAGAGAAGCCGCACCCGCUGUUCAAGCGGGACGGCAACGAUCUUAUCUACACGCACAGGCUGCCGCUGGCCGACGCGCUGUGCGGCAGCGUGGUGCAGCUGCAGACGCUGGAUGGCCGGCCGCUGACCGUGCCGGUGCACGACCCGGUGUCGCCGCAGCAGGAGAAGGUUGUGCAGGGGGAGGGCAUGCCCGUGACCAAGCACCCCGGCCAGAGGGGCAACCUGCGUAUCAGGUUUGACGUCCUCUUCCCGCGCCAGUUGAACGAUGGGCAGAAGGCGAUGCUGCGGCAGGUGCUGCCCACCCACUAG